AACUUUAGGUUAUGGGCCUCGCGAGUUUUAGUCACGUGACUGCCGAUGUUAACGCGACCUCUAUGCGCGAUCGUCUGACAUUUUGCGACGGCAACUGUACGACAUAGUGGGUGCUCCGUCGUGUUUUGUAUUUUCGAGUAUACUCUAUCGACAGUGUGGUGAUACGACUUGACGAUUAGUGUGACCCUCAUGGGGGUGGACAAGAUGUAGAUCGACGUCGUCUUUCCUCGUUAAAGACAUUGCCGAUGAAGGGGAACGACUGUGGAAGAAGGAACAGUACAGGUCGCGACUUUUCUUAUAACGCGUAUCGAUCUUUCGCAAGCGAUGCAUCUCCCUUGCCUGUCGUCCUAUGUUUAUAAACUGUUGACCUUGCCUGAAGAAGAUCGGUGAAACAUUCUCGAUCGCCGAAUUAUCACGAUCAAGAAUGGAAAUCGUCGGCGACUACGAGUACCACACGAAAGAUCUGAUAGGCCACGGCGCAUUCGCCGUAGUCUUCAGGGGUAGACAUCGUAAAAAACUAAAUUUUAUAGUGGCAAUCAAAAGUAUCACCAAAAAGAGUCUGGCAAAGUCACAGAAUUUGCUUGGAAAGGAAAUCAAGAUUUUAAAGGAACUAACAGAAUUGCAUCAUGAAAAUGUUGUAGCAUUAUUGGACUGCAAGGAGUCUAAUCAUAAUGUCUUCCUGGUUAUGGAGUAUUGUAAUGGUGGGGACUUAGCCGAUUAUUUAAGUGCAAAAGGUACUCUUUCCGAAGAUACUAUCAGAGUGUUUUUGAAGCAAUUAGCAGGUGCAAUGAAAGCACUACAUGCCAAAGGUGUAGUCCACAGGGAUCUUAAGCCACAAAAUAUUUUGCUCAGUCACAAUUGUGGUAAAGCUUGUCCACAACCUCAUCAGAUAACAUUAAAAAUUGCGGAUUUUGGUUUUGCUAGGUUUUUACAAGAUGGUGUUAUGGCUGCCACUUUAUGUGGAUCGCCGAUGUAUAUGGCACCCGAAGUUAUAAUGUCGCUUCAGUACGAUGCAAAAGCAGAUCUCUGGUCUCUAGGGACAAUAGUUUUUCAGUGUCUUACUGGAAAAGCACCGUUUCAAGCUCACACACCUCAAGCUUUGAAAUUGUUUUACGAAAAAAAUGCAAAUCUCGGACCCAAAAUUCCGCCUGGAACAUCACCCGAACUUUCGGAUCUUUUGAUGGGUCUUUUACGACGCAAUGCCAGAGAUCGUAUGCCUUUCGAUGAAUUUUUUGGACAUCCUUUCCUCCAAGGUUCCAGAGAAAGUCCGAGUCCAGUUCCUGCUGAACUACCUGCUUCCCCGGGAACGCUAGCAGUUCCAGAAGGAGGUCCGGCUGUUAUAAGAUCAGAGCCGGAGACAACUAGUCCGUGUUCCAGUCCUGAGGAUGACUUUGUACUUGUGCCAAGUGAUCUCAGUAGUGACACAGACAAUAAUCCUAACACGCAACAAGUUAAAUAUGUUAAACAAACAAGCAGAGAGGCGGUAAGUCCACCAAGACCAUGCUUUCUUCCCAUUUCGGAACCAAUUCCCGUUCCAUCCCAGAAAAGCAUUGCACAGCCGUCGUCUCCUUGUACCAAUACAAGGUCUGGAAGUAGCGUCGUUCCACGAUCUCAACCUAUCAGUAUGAAACGCGGUGUGGAUUCCCAUAGAAGUCAUGCUCCUGACAUCGGUUCCCUUAGUCCACCUAGCGUUCAAUUUGUCAUUGGUACACCACCCAGCAGAAGAUUAAGCGAAACACCUCCACCCCCAAAUACGUGGCAAGUGAGUCCUGUUGCGAGACAUUCGCAUACUUCCAGUGGUACGUCACCGUUACGACGUUCAACUGGAAAUAAUAGCGCAUCGUCGCCGUUACUGACAGGACCCUUGGCAGUAUUGGGUUCACCUACGUCGAGAGCAUUUCAAGAUAACAACAACACAUUGAGGCAUUCGCCCGUUAUUCCCUUCGGUACAAGAGCCGUUACUCUUCCUGAGAUAUCUGAAGCAGGAAGUUUCCAAAAUCUUCUACCAGACAUUAAUCCUACGAUAACAGAUGAUCGUCCAUUGACGUUCAUUGCGCCCGAGCUCCCAGAGGAAACACUAUUGGAACGAGAACACAACGAAAUAUUAGCGAAGUUAAACUUUGUUGUUGCAUUGUGCGAAUGUGUAUGUGAAGUAGCGAGGACAAGAGCAGGUCCGUUGGGCGCGCCUUUAGGUGGCAUCGAACAAGCGAGCAAUGCCGUGACGAGAAGAAGAGCCGAACAAGUAAUUCUACUCGUUAGAGCUCUUCAGUGGCUUAGUUCUGGAUUAAGUCUUGCGAUUCAACAGCUGAAGGCUGGCAGAUUACAACCAACUGCGAACGUUAAAGAAGUUGUGAAUACAAUGAAUGAGAAAUUCAAAUCGUGCCUCUCAGAAUGUAAGCAGCUCAAUAGCGCUGGGCUUCUCCAUCAGACAGGAGCCACAGCAGAUAAAAUCCUCUACAACCAUGCCAUACAAAUGUGUCAGUCAGCAGCACUCGACGAAUUAUUCGGUAAUCCUGCAGAAUGUUUCCAACGCUACCAUACAGCGCAGAUAUUGUUGCAUUCUUUAUCACAGCAUGUCAGUCACAGUCAAGAUAGAGCUCUCCUUAUUAAAUACAAAGAUGCCGUUGAGAAACGUUUGUACGUUCUUCAGCAACAAGGUUACAUUUAUGCAACAGAUCCUACAUAGCACUCGUGAAAAACGGCAGCAGAGUGCAGCGACCCGCCCGAACCCGUACCGUAUUCGAUAUCUCUCUUGUGUAAGAUAUUCUGCCCUAUUCUGUAUAAAAGAUGUUAAUUCAUUGAUCAUACUACAAAGAUAACAUUGUAGAAAUAAAAACAAAACUAAGAUUUAAGCGUAAUAUAGUAAACUUUGUUAGAUCUACGCAGAAUAGGGUAGAUUAUCCCAUGAGAAUACAAAAGUGAUUCUUUACAGGUUUCUUUAUAUGAUUUUAUUAAUGAUGCGAAUUAUGAUUAUAUAUGUAAUAUAUAUAUUAUAUGUGUAUAAUAUAUAUAUUAUGUGUGUAUAAUAUAUAUUGUAAUGUACGUAUGGUUGAUUAACUAACCUUUAUUUCAUAUCAAAUAAUAAAAACAUGUAUACUAACAGCA